AUGAGCACCGAAAGGGAUCCUCCCUCUAACCAAUGUAUACAACAAUGUAGUGCCGUCACGUAUUCUUUCUGUGUGUGCCACCUCGUGUUUAACACCGUGGAACUCUUCUUCGGUUCCUCGAGCAACGUGCCAGUCCUGAUGCACUGGCUGCUGCAGGUGUGCGCGCAGAAUCCAGAGAGGGUGCAAGCCAGGAUUCAGAAAGAGGUCGACGACGUUGUCGGCCGUGACAGACAGCCCACAUGGGAGGACCGCAAGGCGAUGCCUUUUACCAUGGCCAGCGUACUUGAGAUAACACGGUGGAAGGUCACGGAACCCAUUGGGUUGCCUAGAGGAGUGAAAAAAGACACCUUCAUCGGGGAGUACCUGAUUCCCGAAGGAACGAUGGUGGUGGCGAAUGUUAUGGCAGUACACAGAAAUCCAGAGCUUUGGGAAAAUCCGGAUCGAUUUCAUCCAGAGCGAUUCUUAACAGCCGACGGCAGUGAACUCUCGAAGAAACCGGAACACCACAUCGCGUUCUCGCUUGGAAAAAGAAUUUGUCCUGCAGAGAUGCCGGCGAACGUCGAAAUGUUCCUGUACCUGGCGACCAUUCUGCAGAAGUUCAGUGUGCUUCCUGAUUAUGGAGCACAGCUGCCUGAUCUCGGGUGCCUUUCCACAUCAUCUCGUCAUCCUUCUAUAAAGAUGCUGCGCUUCGUCAGUCGCCGAUAG